AUGUCGACUGAAGAGCGCGCACUUGUCCGCAAGAUCGACUUCUUUGUGAUGCCCAUCAUUUGCACAAUCAACCUGCUACAGUUCAUUGACAAAUCCACAAUCAAUUAUGCUGCCGUGAUGGGCUUCAAAGAAGACCUGCAACUGGUUGACAACCAGUACAGCUUGCUCGGCUCGAUCUUCUACCUCGGAUACCUCUUGUACCAGUUACCAAACAAUUACUUUUUACAACGGUUCCCCAUCGGUCGAUACAUAGGCACAAUUGUAUUCGUCUGGGGCGCCGUACUCGCAUGUACGGCUACCGGCACAAACUUCUCUCAAAUGGCUGCACUGCGUUUCUUGUUGGGCUUCUUUGAGGCCGGCAUUUAUCCCUGCUUGACACUUUUGGUAAGCACGUUUUACCGCCGUCACGAACAAGCUGCGCGUCUUGGUGCCUUUUGGCUUUGCAACGGUAUUGCUCUUGUCGUCGGUGGCCUGAUCAGUUACGGUAUUGGUCGAAUGACCAAUACUAUGGGACUAACCAACUGGCAAUGGAUUAUGAUCAUUCUUGGCUGUAUCACCUCUGCCAUGGGUGUAUUCAGCUUCUUCUGCCUGAUCGACAACCCAAAGGCCAAAGCACUCAACCUCAACGCCGAACAAGAGAUCCUCGUCGAAGAACGCACUCGAGACAACGCUGUAGUCCGCACCACAACGAUCAAACGUGAUCAGAUCUUGGAGGCUUGCAAAGAACUUCGAUUCUGGUGUUUCUGUGUUGCAUGCUUGUUGAUCAACUUGCAAAAUGGAGCCAUGACUAUCUAUAACGCUCAGAUCACCGAAGGUUUCGGCUUCACCGGCCUCGACUCGAUUCUCCUCACCAUCGGAGCCGGUGGAUCGACCGUUUUGUUUAUUGUCUUGGGCGUCUGGUGCGUCAACAAGUUCAAGCAAACGCUGUAUACAGCAUGUGGCCUCAUGUUUAUUGAUAUCAUUGGGUUGAUCCUCUUGAUCGUCAUCCCCACCCCGCGUGUUAAACUCGUCGGCUUUUACAUGGCCUGGUCCUACUGUGCCGCCUAUGUCUUGCUCGUCACGUCCAUCUCUAACAAUGUUAGCGGCUAUACCAAAAAGAUCUUUUAUAACGGCAUUUUGAUGGUGUUCUACACGCUGGGCAACUUUUGCGGUCCAUUGAUGAUGGUGGAAACUCAAGCUCCAACCUAUGUUGGAGGAAUGGUCGGUUAUUGCUGCGCGAAUGUUGUUGUCGUAAUUUUGUUGCUUGUCGCUCGCUGGCAAAUGAGCGUUAUGAACAAGCGACGCCUAGCAAGACCAUCGUCUAUCUUGACCAACGUGGAAGAUGAUCUCAGUGACCAGCAAGAUUCCAACUUCUUGUAUCGACUGUAG